GGACCUCAUAGGCAAUCACACCGUUCCCUAGUGCCUCCUGUCCCCUCGCGGCCUCCCCCUUCACCGUUGCGCAAUGUCUGUCCCUCUGGCAUUCCUCGGCGACCUUUCGGACCCUGCUCAGGGUGUAUCCCUCGGGGAUCAGCUCGCAGAAGUGGUCACCGACUCCGGUCGGGUCUCCACGCUCCUCGACUGCCUCUGCUCUACCGAGGCCCCCGUCCUCUGGUCCACCGACUCGUUGCGCCUGCCCCUGCCGCAUGCAGCCCUACGCCGCUUCGUCUCUGGUUUUGCGUUGCCAACAUCGGGGCUCCAUGGCUCCCUGGGCCCCAACGAUCGUGUUAUGGUCGUUCUUCCUACAAGCCCCGAGAACGCCGUUGCGCUACUCGCCGUCUCCACAUAUCAUACAUGCGCUCCGGUCAACUCGAGCUGCACUGCCGGAGAGCUUGCCGAGGACGCAGCCCGUCUACGUGCCAAGGCGAUCUUCACGACUCCCGAUGCGACGGAUAGGCUUGAGCUCAGGAGGUUGAGGGAGGAACUGAGGUGUGAAGUUGUUUUCAUGCACGCGCGCUCGGAUGGCCCUGCAGGCCUGUUCGACAUGACGGUCAUGACGGACGGUGACGACGUGGAUGACUGGGAUGUAGUCCACAAGCUCGUCCCCAAGCCAUCGCGUCCACACGGGUUGUCUGACUACUCGCUGGUGCUACACACCUCUGGGACGAGUGGCAAGAAGAAGGUUGUCCCGUACACACUUCGCUCCCUCAUCGUUGGCACUUGUGCUGUCAUCCGCUCAUGGGAUCUCAGGGAUGAUGAUGUGAACAUGAACAUGAUGCCGCUGUUCCACGUUGGCGGGAUCGUCCGCAACUUGUGGGCGCCCGUGUUCUCCGGCGGUAGCGCAAUCAUGUGUCCAGGCUUCGACAGCACUGCUUUCUGGCCGAUCGCUAUGGCCUGUGGAGCGACCUGGUACUACGCUGCGCCGACGAUGCAUCACGCUAUUUUGGGAUCGAGGCCGGAGACAAUUGUCCCUUCGCGGGAUACACGCAUUCGGAUGGUAGCGAACGCGGCCGGUGGCCUUCUACCCACUCUGGCUCAACAGCUGAAGGACACCUUCGCUGCCGUCGUGCUUCCUUCAUACGGUAUGACGGAAUGCAUGCCCAUCGCUUCGCCCCCAACGACGUAUCAACUUGAUCGCCCGGGUUGUUCCGGCAUCGCUUGCGGUCCUCAUUUGUCUAUCCGCGAUCCUUUCAACCUCGAGCGCGAACUGCCUCGGGGAUCUACCGGUGCUAUUUGCGUUCGCGGCGUCCCAACCUUUGAGGGAUACGAGACCGAGCCCGGCGCUCCUCUUGACACUUCGGCGUUCUCGUCUGGAGGAUGGUUUGACUCCGGAGACAUGGGCUACAUGGACGAAGAUGGCUACCUCUUCAUCACUGGUCGGUCAAAGGAGAUCAUCAACAAGGGUGGCGAGGUCAUCUCUCCCUUCGAGAUCGAGGAGGCUAUCACAUCUCUUGCUAAGGAUCGUGUGAAGGCCACAAUCGCGUUCUCCAUCCCUCACGAUGUCCUGCAGGAGACUAUCGGCGUUGUCAUCGUUCCCCAACCUGGCGCCCCUCGCAUCGGCCUCUCCGAGCUGCUUGAUCUGUUGAAAGUGCAGCUCCACCCCUCCAAGUGGCCAUUCGCGAUCGUAUACAUGCCCGACUUGCCGAAGAACAGCGCGGGAAAGCCACUGCGCAUCAAGCUCGCCGAGCGUCUUGGCCUUGAGCAGAUGACUGACGAGACGCCUGCCGUCGUCCGUCACUUCGAGACUCAGACCGUUCCCGACAAGAACGCACCUCUGUCGACGCCGAUCCCUUGCUCGGUCGUCUCCCUCGAUGUUCCCACAGUAGAGGACGCCAUCGCCAGUCUUCAGGGUGUCCAGGAAGUCGCUGUUCGUCUGCGCAAAGACGGCACACCUGAGGCGCUUGUGGCGAUCAAUCCUGCUUCUGGUCUCGACUCUGCCUCCAUUGUCAACGCGCUGUUGAAGACUGUCCCUGGUUAUUCCGUACCAAACCCUCUUCAUGUCUUCUCUGAGCUCCUCGCGAGGAGGCAGGAUCGGACCGUUGACUGGGACGUCAUGGAAGCCGAGAUGGCUCGCCGGAACGCACGCGGCCUGUCUUCUCAGGCUCUCGUCAUACGUGAUAUUGUCGCAGAACUCCUCGACAAGGAUCCGGCCUCCAUUUCUGGCGACAGCGACUUCUUCCUCCUAGGUGGCAACUCGCUCCUUUUGGGUCGUCUUGCGCACAUGAUCCGUAAGGAGACUGGAGCGACUGUGCGCGUCCCUUCCAUAUUCGCACACAGUACCAUCGAUGGAAUCGCAUCCUUACUCGAGGACGACAACCACUCACCUAUUGAUCCUGAUAAAACCGCCGUCAAUACAACUGUCAACAGCUCCGCCGCGUCCAUCAACAAGUCGGAGUCCAGCACGAUCGAUCUCCCUGCACUUGAAAGCCAAGAGUUCGUCCCGGACAAUGGCCGUAGCCAGACCCACGUACUGUCCCUCUUCGUACAAGCCAUUCCUUCGUUAUUCUUCUAUCCCUUGAAGGUCGCAUUUACGUGGACUGGCAUCGUUUUCAUCCUCUCUCUUUUCACAGCUUUCAUUGGCGGCUCCUACUGGGAACGCAUCGGAUCCUUGUUGACGGCUAUUGUCGGUGCUCGCCUUCUUGCGCGGAUCGUCCUUCCCAUCGUUGCCAUCGCUUUCAAGUGGGUCGUCAUCGGCCGCUAUAAACCGGGAACUUACCGCUUCUGGAGCAACUACCACCUUCGCUGGUGGAUCACCAAUCAGAUUCUCCGUAUCUUCGGCCGCGGUAUCUUCUCUAUGCACCCCUCCCUUGAGAUCUUUUACUUCCGCAUGCUUGGAGCACGCAUUGGCCGGGACGUCAUCAUUGACUCGAAGGCGAAGCUCGCCGAGUUCGACCUACUCACCCUUCACGACGGUUGCCGCAUAGACAAUGCUCUCGUGCGUGGCUUCUGCGUCGAGCGCGAUGGGUGCUUCCGCCUUGAGCCUAUCGUCAUUGGCCGUGGUGCCAUCGUGAACACCUAUACGCAACUCGCUCCCGGCGCCGUCAUCCCCGAUGGCGCGACAUAUGGUCCGCACGCUUCUUCUCACGACGAGCCCUCUCCCGAUAGCCACGCUCAGUACGGUCGCGCGGCUGUUCCCCAGCCGCACUGGGCACUCAAAUUCCUUCUGGCGUACCCUGUUAUCCUCAUCGUGAAGAUCGCCGCGUAUGUUCCUUGGUUCGCUGCCCUCUACCUUCUCGUUAUGCAACCUUCUCCUGCCGGCGAUUUCACUGCGGUGGAGCGCGUCAUCGUCUGGUUCGCGUCACCGCAACGCGUUGCGUGGCACAGCCUUGCCCGUAUCAUCCGAGUGAUCUUCCCGCCGAUUCUCCAGGUCAUCCUCGGCAUCAUCGUCAAGCGCAUCAUGGGUCUUAACAGCGAGGGUCCCACUGCGGACGCUUCGCAGUGGGCUCUGACCCGCCGUUUCAUCAAUCAUCAUCUCCUCAGUCAGGCUGCUAUCAAGCGUGCGUUCGACAUCAUUGGUUCGCAUUACGAGAUGACCUCAAUCAUCUGGCGGUGCAUGGGCGCGAAAAUCGGCAGGCGCGUGUAUUGGCCCGGGUCGGGGAUCUACUGUCCGGAUCCAGAGCUCUUCGAAGUCGGCGACGACGUCGUGUUCGGGUCCCGGUCUGAGGCGUUCACCACGGACGGUAUCGGUUCGGGUAGGAUCGUCAUCAAGUCUGGUGCUAUGAUCGCUGACCGCGUCGUCCUCUUACCUGGUGUGACUGUGGGCAAGCGUACCGUCAUGGGCUCUGGUGCGCUCGCGAAGCGGGACACGACAUACGUCGAUGGUUCGGUCUGGAUGGGCUCGGAGGGUGGGGAAGCGGUCUGCUUCAAGAGCGGAAACAAGGAGGGAGCCGACGACAACAGUCCGACGAUCACGCCCUUCGGCCGCGCUUUCUACAAGCGCGAGGCGUCCUACUUCGUAUUCCCGUACCCCCUGCUGGUCAUCAUCAACACCCUCGUCGCCAUUGUCUGCGCAGGCUAUUGGUCGAUCGCGGCCGUCGUCGGCACCCAGGUUCUCAACCAGCUCCGCAUCCAUCUUCCUCAGCUACACCUCUUUGCGAAUGGCCCUCAGCAGGUCUUCGUCCUGUUCGGGCUGAUGGCGUGCUGGUUCAUCAUCACCCUUAGCCUCCAGGCGGUCAUUGCCCUCCUCUGGGUUGUCGUGACUAAGUGGAUCGUCAUCGGUCGCCGGGUCGCCGGCAGCUACGACUGGGACAAGAGCUCGUACUGUCAGCGCUGGCAGCUUCAUCUCGUCCUCGCGAAGCCUCUGUAUAGAGGCUACGGCAUCGGCGGUAUCCUUGGCGCGAUUAGCGGGUCCGCAUACAUCGUCUGGUUCUACCGCGCUAUGGGCGCCAAGAUCGGCAAGAACUGCGCAGUGUUCGCUGGCGGCCGUACGGGUUUGAUGACAGAGCCCGAUCUUGUCGAGUUGGGCGACAAUGUCGCGCUCGAUGACUGCUCAGUUGUCGCUCACAUCAACUCCCGUGGGAACUUCUCUCUGAACGCAUUGUCAAUUGGCUCUGGCUGUGCGUUGCGCUCGGGCUCUCGCCUGCUCUCGGGGGCAUCUAUGGAGACCAGCUCCAUGCUUCUCGAACACACUCUCCUCACGUCGGGCGAGAUCGCCGAGUCCGGCGGCGUGUACGCCGGUUGGCCUGCGCGUACCAUGGAUGAAAAGACGUGGGAACGCAGCAGGACAAGUUCAAUGGUUCUGUCUACGUUCCACACCGACUCGCGUUACCGGAAACUCCAGCGUGUACAAGAUAAGCUGGAGGACGAGCGGCGGAGGUUGGAUAGAAAGCUCGAGGACCACGAGCGUGAGCUGCAGGAGGCGAAGCGGCGGCUGGAGCUGAUGUUGCGCCACACUUCGACUAUGCGCGGCUCGACGCUCAUGAGUGGCAGCGCACGAUCGAGUGUCCAUGGCUGAGAUGUAGGUACUGGUCAGUCCGUUGUCGUGCUGUUUGUCCUUUCCCUGCAUGCUAGACUCGUCGUGUUGUUAUACCCAUCGCUUUCGAUCGUCCGCUAUAGACUCGCACACAGAUUACAUGAAACCAGCUGCUGUAUUGGUAGCAUCCUUUUCUUUCUCUCCUUCUUAUGUUGCACACACUGUUCGCUUCUGCAUCGUCCCUCGAACCCCGUUACAUACUACCGUGUAGGUAAUUCUUGUAUUAUCACACCGCUACGCUGCGUAGCAUGGACAUAUGCCUCUUAUGUCCCCUCACACUCGAAUCU